GUGAAGAUGAUCGAGGCAUUCGCUUCCUCUGUUCCCGAUGGAUGACAAGUCGAAAACUCCAUGGGCUCCUUCUCUUCUUUGGAUAUCUGUACCAUCGCUCAUCUCAAGGGGACUAAGCUUAGGACUUCGCUCACUGUCGGACGAGGGGCUGAGGUUGUUGAAUCAUGUCUCUUUGGUGCUUGUAAUCCACUGUACUGUUGCAAAGUGGGAAACGACCUACGAAGCCGUCCAACAUUUUCCGCCUGUUCUUGCCUUUUCCGAAAUUGGUCCCUACUGAUGACAGGCUUUUUGGUAGUUAGUCAGGGAAAAUUUUACAUAGUACAAGUGAACCGCAAUGGAUGCUAAUCGAUCUUCCAUGUCUUUGUUCCUAGACUUUAUGUCGUUCUGAAGUUGAUUCCUUCUGUGUCUGCUAGAAUACUCUAAGUUCAGUCCGUUCCCGUCCUGGUGGCAGUCUACUGACGAACGAGCGUUUCGAAUUUUGUGAAGCAUAAACUCAUUGCCUCGCAUGAUUUCGAAUUGUCUCUCGCAAUUCCGGUGCACUUUCACGUAUCGCCAUCCUGACUACACUUUUGACUCAUCAUGCAAAUACAUUCAUGAGGAUUACCCAACGGUGUUCUGGAUGAUGCUCUGCACUCUAUGAUCGCUUUUGCUGCGGCGAGUCUCCGCUCUUCCUCGAUGAGUCUUCUUGCAAGCAUUCUCUCCUCUACGAUGUUCGAUAUUCUAGGCUACAUAGCUCUCAGAAACAGAGCAAGCUCAAUCGGACAAUGACCUGUGAUGGAACACUUGUUGAUGCUGGAAGGUGAAAAUGUGACGAGCCAAACUUCAUUGUCGCCCGCCUCCGUGACUUCGUUCCGAUAACCUCCUGCUUUCUCGUGAGUUUCUCGGUCUCUUCUUCACUGAAAUCAUCGCUGUAAACUUCUUCUGUCAUCCGUUCCACGUCAUCUUGCAUCUCUUCGCCAUGGGCAGUUGAUCGGAC